AAACUGAUAAAUUAAAUUACAGCGGAUUGAACCCAAGACCUUCUAAAGAGCAAGCCUUAGUGCCCGUACAUGCCUGAUGUCGAUUUGAUCGCAUCAUGAUUCAUGACCACCACAAUUACUCUAUCAUAUAUCCAACGGCGGCCUCUGUACCCCCCAUGAAAAUUGAAAUCCAUAGUCUUUGACCCAGGCCGCUCUAGGAAUCAGCUGCCCUGCCAUGGACGCCUCCGACGAAUCGAAGUCCGAGACGCCGACCGUGGUGAAGCUGAGGCCAAUAGACGCGACUCCCUCAACUUUCAAAGACUACGGUCAGGUCAUCGAGGCUUCGCCGGACGGCGACGAGUUCGGUCCUCAUGACGCUCAACUGGACCUGAGCCGUGGAACUCCCAGGUUUUACAUUAUGCAUCUUGAAAAUCGUCCUCUUGAGUUUUCUACGAUUACGCACCAUGCAAGUGUGACCCAGUGCCUUGGGUCAAUUGGCGGUCAUGUUUGGUAUCUUGGCGUUGCUAAGCCAUCCAUUGUUCAGUCGAAUGAAGUCAAGGACGACAAUAGCAAAAAGGCUGUGCAAUCACGCUGUGGUCAUCUAUAUGUGCCUCCUGCUGUCGAGGAUGUCCAGGUUUUUAAGGUUUCUGGUUCCAAAUUUCUGAAGCUUAAGCUAGGGACCUGGCAUGCUGGCCCUCUAUUUAAGGCACAAACAAUGGACUUCUACAAUCUUGAGCUAAGCAACACAAAUGUGAUUGAUCAUACGCCGCACAGCUUCAUCAAGAACGAUGGCGUGGUCUUUUCAAUCGAUGAGUGAUUUCUAGUUGCUCGCAGCAUUUAACUAGUACUGCAAACUGCACAUUGUUCAAUAAUGCUACAUGAUUGUUCUCCCCCCCCCCCCAAAAAAAACACCAAAAAAAAAAAA